AUGGCUCUCACGGCUUCACCAGCUGCUCCCCAUAACUGGGGAAGAUGGCCACAGCAGCUACCUCACGACUUUGGCAUGAUGGAAGCGCCGCCUUUCCUGCCUUAUGAUUCACGUGGAAACCCAGCCGCUCAAAUGCAGAGACCUCUUGCUCCCCAAUAUGUCGUUACUCCUAAUUACAGCUCGGCCCCAAUGACCUCAAUGGCAGCUCCUCACUAUCAGACCCAGAAUGCCUUCACUACAUAUGCGCCAUAUCAGAGUCCACCACCCUCAACACCUGUUGGGUCACCAUUCAAACCCGAAUUUCAAGAUCGCUCUCAUCAUCUGCCGAUUAGCGCUGAGUCUGAGGCUGCUCGCAUGUCUUCAGUCAGGCGAGGAUCACGAAAGAUGAGCAAUAUUCGCCUGCAGUCUCCUGCUCGCAGUGAAUCAAAUGUUUCCGUUGCUCGCUCAAGUGCCUCCAAUCCAACUGCCAACUCGAAGACCAUUACAUACAACGAGACCAUCGACCCGGCUGAUCGAGUCAACUUUGAAACGGAUGUGGACGAACUCAUGAAGGCCAUCCAAGCCAAAGAAGAUGAGGGCGAGGAUGCUCCUGGUCAAACUCUCACUCCAGCCCACACGCCCAAGGCUGAAAUGGUGAUGGAUAUCCAGAGCCCCGCGAGCUCUUGCCAUGCCUCUACUCCCGCUCCAGAGGUUAAACCCAAGAAGAAGUGGGUUUGUGAUGGGCCAAGCUGCAAUAAGAGAUUCGUUCAGAAGACUCACCUUGACAUUCACCGCCGAACCCACACUGGUCUCAAGCCUUAUAUUUGCACGAAAGAGAACUGCGGUCUUACUUUCUCCCAGCGUGGGAAUCUGAAGACUCACAUGCGCCGCCAUACCGGUGAGAAGCCGUACUCUUGCAGUAUCUGUGGGAAAACAUUUGCCCAAAGAGGCAACGUCCGAUCCCACGAGGAGACACACAAGGGUUUAAAGCCCUUUAUUUGCAGACUCGAUGAUUGCAACAAGUCCUUUUCACAGCUGGGCAACAUGAAGACCCACCAGAAUAACUUCCACAAAGAAACGCUGAAGAACCUUACUGGCAUGUUUGUCAAGUUUGCUCAAAUGGGUGAAGUCCCUGAAGAGCACCGUGAUCUCUUCGAGUACUUCAGAGAACAUUACAAGAACAGCAAUAAGGGCAUCAAGGGCCGUGGGAAAGCUCGAACCGUGGCUGUCAGAAAGCCUAAAGCUAGCUCCCACCAGACAGCCGUUGCUGUACCUGUUAUGGCCAGUCAGUUCUCUCAUACUCCCAUGACCAACUCAGCUCCUUCCUAUGUGCCUCGCAAUUUUGGGAUGUUUGAGCCUGAGACUGGUCAUGGUGCAAACGGUAUGCUCUACGAGGACGAGCACGCCAGACAGAUGGCCUUUGCCAAUCGCCUGUACUAA